CUCGUUAGUAAAGUUCUAUCGAAGCACUGAUCUAAAUCUCUCCAAGAUGUCUGACGCAGCAGUGAAGAAAGCAGCGAAGAAGCCAGCUGAGCAUCCUAAAUACACCGACAUGGUAAAAGCAGCGAUUUCUGCCUUGAAGGAACGUAAUGGAUCGUCCCGCCAAGCCAUCGAGAAGUACAUCAAAGGCAACUACAAGAUCGGGGACAACUGUGGUAUUCAUCUGAAGCUGGCGCUCAAGAGAAUGAGCGAGAAAGGAACCCUUGUCCACACCAAGGGUGUUGGUGCUUCUGGAUCCUUCAAACUGAACAAGGCCGUUAAAGAAGAGAAACCAAAGAAGAAACCAGCGAAGAAGCCAGCUGCUAAGAAAGCUGCCAAGAAACCGGCCGCCAAGAAAGCCAAGAAGCCUAAGUCACCAGCAAAGAAGGCAGCCAAGUCUCCCAAGAAGGCAAAGAAAGCAGCUGCUGAAAAGCCAAAGAAAGCAGCCGCAGAAAAACCAAAGAAAGCAGCCAAGAAGCCUGCUGCUAAAGCCAAGCCAGCUAAGAAGCCAGCAGCUAAAAAACCCGCCAAGAAGACAGCCAAGAAACCCGCGGCAAAGAAGGCAGCCAAAUCUCCCAAGAAGUAAAGCGUAACACACGCUACUAAACAAUCAAACGGCUCUUUUAGGAGCCACCA